AGCAAACUUUCUUUCUCUUCUUCCCUUCACAUGGAUCCCCAUAACCAGAAGCCUUUCGAAGUCCACCUAGUUACAUCCACCGACUCGCCCGAGUUCACCCUACUGAGUCGAACACUGACUCAGACCUCUAUCAUCGGCCUCGACGCCGAAUGGAAACCCGUCCGAACUCACCAAACGUCCUUCCCCGCCGUCUCGCUGCUCCAAAUCGCGUGCCAACUCAGUGGCGGCGACUCGGUGGUUUUUCUCCUCGACUUGCUCUCACUCCCUCUGUCUUCGCUAUGGGAACCGCUGCGAGAAAUGCUCGUCUCCCCUGAUAUCUUGAAACUCGGAUUCAGAUUCAAGCAGGAUUUGGUAUACUUGUCCUCCACUUUCUGUUCCCAUGGCUGCGAACCUGGUUUCGAUAAGGUUGAGCCGUAUUUGGAUAUCACGAGUGUGUAUAAUCAGCUGCAGCCUAAGAAACAGGGAAGAAUUGCAUCAAAGCAAACUAAGAGCUUGUCAACUAUAUGUGGAGAAGUGUUGGCGAUUUCACUCUCAAAGGAACUCCAAUGUAGUGAUUGGUCAUGUCGUCCUCUUACAGAAGAGCAGAUAAUGUAUGCAGCUAUGGAUGCUCAUUGCUUGCUCGAAAUAUUUAAGGCCUUCCGAGAAAAGGUUGCCAAAGAAGGAGAGUUGGCAACGGGAUUGUCAUAUCCAGGUGCAAAUCUUGGGUUGAAAGAGCUUUUCAAAAAGGAUGAUACGUGUGAUAAAGUUCUGAGAACACAGUUUUGUGAUGCUUUAGCGAUUGUCCAAGCCACUACUUGUUCUGAUGUAACUCAGGUGAUAACUUCAGUAGGGGGAAGGACCCAGAAAUCAUCAUGUUGGAUUACCAUGCCAAUGGAUGAGUUUUUGUUGAACAUUGUGAAAAAACAUGGUGAUCGGAUUUUGUUAAAGGAGUCAGACAGAAAGCCCAAGACCUCAAAAAAGAAAAGGAAGAAGCCGUUGCCAAUUAAUGGGAAUUUGAAAGAAAAUCAUUUAGAUAAGUUUGAUGAGUGGCAGGGUAUCUCACCUUGGGAUCCAUCGGUGGGGGGAGAUGGAUAUCCAAGGUUCCUUUGUGAUGUUAUGGUUGAAGGCUUGGCCAAACAUUUACGGUGUGUUGGGAUAGAUGCUGCAAUUCCUUAUUCAAAGAAGCCUGAACCAAGGGAGUUGAUAAUGCAAGUACAAAAAGAGAAUAGAGUGCUCUUGACACGGGAUGCAAAGUUGCUAAGACAUGAUUAUCUAGCAAAUAAUCAAAUAUAUAAAGUGAAGAGUCUUCUGAAAAAUGAACAGCUACUUGAGAUUAUUGAAACUUUUCAACUAAAAAUUAGUGAGGAUAAGCUAAUGUCAAGGUGCACAAAGUGCAAUGGAAUGUUUAUUCAGAAGCCACUGACAACUGAAGAAGCUGUUGAAGCUGCAAAGGGUUUUCAAAAAAUUCCAAAUUGCUUAUUCAACAAGAAUUUGGAGUUUUGGAAGUGCAUGGACUGUCACCAACUUUAUUGGGAGGGAACUCAAUACCAUAAUGCAGUGCAGAAGUUCGUUGACAUAUGCAAAUUGAGUGAUUAAUUUAAACUUCUGAAGUAAUGGUGCCAUUGUAUAUAAACUUCCAUUGAAAAAAAAAAUGUCAUUUUGCUCUUGAGUACAAAUUGUUUCAGUUCACUCUAUUUAUGUAUCUUAUGUUUUUCACAUUAAGUUAGCUAUCACUGCUGAUACUCUUGUUUGUGUUUUCGGCUCAAUAAAAAUCUGAAAAAUAUGCUGCUAA